GGCCCGCGUAGCCCGCGCAGCCCUCACUCGCCGCCGCGCCUCGGAGUUUGAGCCCCGCGCAGCCGGAGCGCAGGCACGCCCGGGGCGCGGGGUCGGAGCGCGCAGCGCGGCGCCGCCCCCCGGCCCUCGGCCCCCCAGCCCCUGGAGCCCCCGGAGCCGCGCGCCGAGGGAGGAGGGCGGGCGGGCGCGGCGGGCCGGGCCGGCGGGCGGCGGACUAUGAGGCGCCCACCAUGGUGCGAUGCGACCGCGGGCUGCAGAUGCUGCUGACCACGGCCGGAGCCUUCGCCGCCUUCUCGCUCAUGGCCAUCGCCAUCGGCACCGACUACUGGCUGUACUCCAGCGCGCACAUCUGCAACGGCACCAACCUGACCAUGGACGACGGGCCCCCGCCCCGCCGCGCUCGCGGCGACCUCACCCAUUCGGGACUGUGGCGGGUGUGUUGCAUCGAAGGCAUCUAUAGAGGGCACUGCUUCCGGAUCAACCACUUCCCAGAGGACAACGAUUACGACCACGACAGCUCCGAGUACCUCCUCCGCAUUGUGCGAGCCUCCAGUGUCUUUCCCAUUCUCAGCACCAUUCUGCUCCUGCUCGGAGGGCUCUGCAUCGGCGCUGGGAGGAUCUACAGCCGCAAGAACAAUAUUGUCCUCAGCGCGGGAAUCCUCUUUGUGGCGGCAGGCCUCAGUAAUAUCAUCGGUAUCAUCGUCUACAUUUCCAGCAACACGGGCGACCCCAGUGACAAACGUGACGAAGACAAAAAGAACCAUUACAACUACGGCUGGUCUUUUUACUUUGGAGCCCUGUCAUUUAUUGUGGCGGAGACCGUGGGCGUCCUGGCUGUAAACAUUUACAUUGAGAAAAAUAAAGAGUUGAGGUUUAAGACCAAGCGGGAGUUCCUUAAGGCCUCUUCCUCCUCUCCUUACGCCAGGAUGCCGAGCUACAGGUACCGGCGACGGCGGUCCAGGUCCAGUUCAAGGUCCACGGAGGCCUCACCCUCCAGGGAUGCAUCUCCCGUGGGCCUGAAGAUCACCGGAGCCAUUCCCAUGGGUGAGCUGUCCAUGUACACGCUCUCCAGAGAACCCCUUAAGGUGACCACAGCUGCGAGCUACAGUCCGGACCAGGACGCUGGCUUCCUGCAGAUGCAUGACUUCUUCCAACAGGACCUAAAGGAGGGUUUCCAUGUCAGCAUGCUGAACCGGCGGACGACUCCCGUGUGACCCGCCCACCCCUCUCGGCACAGGCCUCCCCCAAGGUGGCUGUUUGUGUGACACAGAACAGGGUGACCCUUAAGAUUAUAUAGACAGUGAACUGGAGCUGAGUGUGACCCUCCCUGGCCUCCAGAAGACGCCAUGGGCUAGCUCAGAGUGAGGGAAGUCGGGAGAUUGGAAUCAGGGAUAAGGUAGAAACAGAAGGCUGACUUUCUCCCAAGGCAGGCUGUUCUGCUGCCCUCUGGGUUUUUGGAACUUCUCAAGAGGCCCAAGAAUUUUCAAGAAGCUGCAUCAGCCUGCCUCUUGGGAACCAAGAAACCAGUCAUGCCAGAUGUCAAACGCAUCCCCCCUCGCUGGGCGCUGGGCCACAGGGAGGCUUCUUCCGGGCACUGGGACCUCUGGCCUCCCAUCGACUGUUUCCUGCCCAGACGUUCCUGUGUCCUGGAGCCCGACAUGAGCCUAAGCUCAUUCCAUUCCCCUCUGUGUCUCCCUCAGCCUCUGUCUGGCCCCCUGGUGGAGCUGGUGGUUGUAAAUAUCACCCAUUCUGAAGAGAAAGCUCUAUGGCUAACUGGUGCUUCGGCCUCGAGCUGUCCUAGGGCCUGCUGCUCUCCACCUCAGGAGAUCAGGAAACCAGGGCAAAUUCGAAGGCUCUGCUGGCUUUCAUACCUGCUUCUGGAAGUUUCCGCUGAGCUCGGAAUGUACAGGACAUACUGACUAAUCUUGGAGGUCCAGAGGGUUUCGAGGAUCUGAGGGAUGGUGGGCAUGUGGCCUUUGGCUCUGUCCUUCCACACUGGCCUGGGGAACCACUCUGUCCCCUGAGCAGUAGAGGGCCCUGCUGGGGCAUGGAGCCAUACUCCCACUUCCAACCGGGUGUUCUGACACAGAUGUACAAGCUUAAGGAUUUGAAAGGGAAAACUGAGAGUGAGCAGAGACAAGAAAGAAAGAAAGAAAGAAAGAAAGAAAGAAAGAAAGAAAGAAAGAAAGAAAGAAAGAAAGAAAGAAAGAAAGCGAGCAUCAUUUUCCAAGUGGUUAUGAGUGGUGGCAUACUGAAGAACAUCAUCAGAAGACCAAGCUGUACUCACCUCUUUAUCCUGAAAAAGAGCAACACCAUCUCCCCUCAACUCCUGCCAUUAUAAUUUAUUCUGCCCACACCAGGACUCCGUGAGCAUUUGACUCAAGGUGCCAUGCUGGGCUUUCUGUCUUUGCCUGAAUCCAAGGAUGUGUUCUGUGUCCUACAGUUUGUCCAACCAACCCCCCUCUUCCUCUUGAGGUGGACGAAAAAUAAAUAAAUAACCAGACGAGUAUGUCCAGGUUCGAAAGAACUCUCCAGAAAGUGAAACCCACCCUCUUUUCUAUAACACACGUGCUUUCUAAGGAUCAGUCGUUUCUUACUUUUUGAGACUUCUUAAUCCACUUUUGAAUAGUAGUCUGCUGUGACCCCGGUA